AUAGCGCUGGUAUGCAGGUUUUCAUAUCAGUCUGUUCAUGGAAACCCUAGGAAUCCCAGUUCGUUGAAUCAAACUGAAAGAUAACAGUUCCUUCCGUGUAGGGAAAAUUAUACCACACGUGUAGUAGUCCUCGUUUAAAGAGAUUACAGAGAUCAUGUCGAGCCCUAUAAGGAAGAAGCUUGUGAUUGUGGGGGACGGGGCGUGCGGCAAGACGUGUCUGCUCAUCGUCUUCAGCAAGGAUCAGUUCCCUGAGGUCUACGUGCCCACGGUCUUUGAGAACUACGUGGCGGAUAUUGUGGUGGACGGUAAAACGGUGGAGCUAGCACUAUGGGACACGGCGGGUCAGGAAGAUUACGACCGGUUACGUCCCCUGUCAUACCCCGAUACACACGUCAUUCUCCUGUGUUACAGUAUAGACAAUCCCGACAGUCUGGAGAAUGUCUCGGAGAAAUGGACGCCAGAGGUCAAGCAUUUUUGUCCCAACGUGCCGGUCAUCCUAGUUGGCAACAAGAAAGACCUGCGCAACGACCCAGGGACCAUUGAGGAUCUGGCUAGACUCAAACAAAGUCCAGUCAAGGCUGAGGAGGGGCGAGCCAUGGCGGAUAGGAUUGGUGCGGCUGCCUAUGUUGAGUGCUCAGCUCGUACGAAGGAUGGAAUUCGUGAAGUUUUUGAAGUAGCAACCAGACACGCCUUAAAUAUAAGCAAAAGUGGCAAGAGAAAGUUCAAAAAGUGUAGGAUACUCUGAACAUCUUUAAAAGAUUCUUAUGUAAAUUUUUGAAUUGUAAAAAAAAAUUCCUUUAAAGUGUUUCUCUCAAGCAAUAUGAAGGACUAUAAACAUUUUCCGAGGUCAAAUCGUAAAAAGUUUUACUUGGAUGAGAUGAAAAAUCCUUUAGUUGACUUGACAAACAUUCCAUGAAUAUCAAGGAUUAAUUGUGACUCACGUAAGAUAAUGUGUUGUGAAAUUGUAUGUGUGGAAUUAAAAUAUAAAUUCAUGACUUAAAGUAUGUAUGUGAUGAAAUUUUGAAUGUGACAUUUCAAAUGUGCUAUAUGAGGUGUUUUGGUGGAUGUGACAGUAUGUGUGUCUAAAAUACUAAUAUAAGUGAGGUUUUAAAAUUUAGAUCUUUAUGAGGUGUUUUGGUGGAUGUGAGAGUAUGUGUGUCUGACAUACUAAAUUAUAAAUGGUGUUUUAAAAUGUAGAUCUAUAUGAGAUAUUUUGGUGGAUGUGAAAGUAUGUGUGUCUGACAUACUAAAUUAUAAAUGGUGUUUUAAAAUGUAGAUCUAUAUGAGAUAUUUUGGUGGAUGUGAAAGUAUGUGUGUCUGACAUACUAAAUUAUAAAUGGUGUUUUAAAAUGUAGAUCUAUAUGAGAUAUUCUGGUGCAUGUGAGAGUAUGUGUGUCUGACAUACUGAACCUAUGUGAAGUUUUAAAAUGUGAAAUGUUAUAAAUAUAAUGAAUAUGAGAUUAUGUGUGUGACAAACUAAACAUAUGUGAAAUAAAACCAAGAUGUAUAUGUGGCUAAAUGUACGGCACUGAAUCUGUAGAUUUGACUGGGUGUGUUGUUUCUAGUAACAGUUUCAGUAAUUUGGUUUGUUUGUCAACAUUGGGUGACAGCAAAUGGACAAAAUGAUGCCAGUAAAAGGUGUUAAUAUUUUUUUAUGUCUGUAGGCAGUGACUGAGUAAAAUAUCACACAAUGAGUGAGUAAAAUAUCACUUUUUGUCUGUGUGAUGAAUGAAUUAAAACUGUAUGCAGUGAGUGAGUAAAAUAUCACACAAUGUUUGUGAGUGAUAGUUUGUUGGAACUAUAGGACUGAUUGAGUGAUUUCAAAACUUUUUGUCUGUGUGAUGAAUGAAUUAAAUCUGUUUGCAGUGAGUUAGUAAAAUAUUACACAGUGUUUGUGAGUGAUAAGUUUGUUGGAACUGUAGGAAUGAUAUGACUGAGUGAUUUCAACACUUUUUGUCUGUGUGAUGAAUGAAUUUUCAUUAAAUCUGAAUGCACAAGAUAACUAAACUAUUACAUAUUAUGUGUGAGUGAUGAAUUCGUUGGAGCUGUGUAAUCUUAUGAAUGAGUGAUUUCAACACACUUUUUGUGUGAUGAAUUUAUGAAAUGUGAAUGAAUUUAUUAGAUCUGAAUGCAGUGAGUGACUAAAAUAUAAAAGUAUUUGUGAAUGAUGAACUUUGGAGCUGUAAGAAUCUGAUGACUGAGUGAUUUGAACCCACUUUGUGUGACGAAUGAAUUAGUUCUGAAUGCAGUGGAUGACUACCAGUCUUGUAUUAACUUCCCAUGUUGAUAUUUUGCAGUACAUGAGUUGAACCUUACUGUGAUAUUUAUUGUUUAUUUUCUAAACAAUUACUUGUACAUAGCUCUGUUGCACCGGAUGUAAGCCAUAUUACGUCAGUAAACGAGAGAGACAGCAUUGACUGAAUGAGGAGAGGUCUGGUCAGAUUCAAGUCAUAUCUAGUUGUAAUGCUAGUUUUAACUAUGGACCAAUUGCAAUGAAGAUAUUUCAAUACUGAGAUAUGAUUCAUAUUCAUGCUUGCUUGUUUUAUACUUGUAUGCAAUUACAUCAUUGACUGUAUUGAAAAUAAAGCCAAAAAU